CCUGUCCAAGGUCCAAUGGCACCUGCAAAGAGGGAGGGGAAAUUUUGGAACUUUGAACACCUUCGACGGAGAGAGUCCUUCCUUUUCUGCAAGCAGAUCCUCCGCAGAGGCGCAGGGAAAGGGAUGGCCACCCCGCGCCGCUGGGCCAAGAAACCCAAAGCCACCUCGCCGCCCCAUUAUUACGAGGGUUUCGUGGAGAAGAAGAGUUCGUGGGAAAAGGAUUACAAGACAUACUGGGCAGGACUCUAUGGGCUGACUCUCUACUUCUACAACACCAACGAGAUGUCCAGUGUUGAGGAGGAAGAGGUCUUCCGUCGGGCGGUGUGGGAGAAGAACCUGCGGAGAAUCGAGCAACAUAACCUGGAGGCCUCUCUGGGCAAACACAGUUUCCAGCUGGCUAUGAACCACUUGGGCGACUUGACGGAUGUAGAGUUUAACCAGAUGCUCAAUGGCUUCCAUCUUGAUCCAGUCCAAAGACACAGCAAAGAAGUUGCUCUAUUCCAAGGAUCGACCGAUCAGGAUGUUCCCAAAGAAGUGGAUUGGCGCACCAAAGGUUACGUCACCCCAGUGAAAAACCAGGGCCAUUGCGGUGCAUGCUGGGCGUUCAGCGCCACCGGUGCAUUGGAAGGAUUGCUGUUUAAGAAGACUGGGAAACUGGUUGCGCUGAGUGAACAAAACCUCAUCGACUGCUCCUGGAAGCUGGGCAACCACGGCUGUCGGGGAGGAUAUAUCACCCGGGCCUUUGAGUAUGUGCGGGAUAACGGAGGCAUCAACUCGGAGCAGGACUAUCCCUACCUGGAAAAGGAGGAAUCGGGGUGCCGCUACAAUGCUCAGGUGCGCGCGGGGAACUGUACAUCCCUGGUGCAAGUCCAAGCGGGGAGUGAAAAGGCCCUGGAGCAAGCCGUGGCAGCGGUGGGGCCAGUUUCAGUGGCUGUCGAUGCCAGGAGCUUCUUGUUCCAUUUCUAUAAAUCUGGAGUUUUUGCCAGCAGUUGGUGCAGCCAUUUUGUGAACCAUGCCAUGCUGGCGGUCGGCUAUGGCACGGUCCAGGAAGGUGGGACAAACACGGACUAUUGGAUCCUGAAAAACAGCUGGACAGAGAACUGGGGUGAACAAGGUUACAUGCGAUUGGUGAAAGGGGUCGACAAUCACUGUGGGGUGGCCAACCAAGCCAGUUAUCCCACCCUGUGACCGCGGAAAGGCGAAGACGAGAUCCCCUUUUCCAAAACCUUCUCUGCUUCGGAUGGCCAAGAUGUCGAACGGCCAAGUUGAAACGUUGCCGCCUUCCCCAAAAACCACAGUUUGCAAGACUGUGGGACGAUCCACUGCCAGGGCAACGAAUCUGCCAUUUUUGGCACGCUUUCAAAAUGGCAGCCAUGGUCGCCAUAGUCAAAGAUGUUCAACUGCUUGGGGAAAAAAAUGCUAUGUCUAUAUCUAUAUAUCUAUAUCUAUGCAUCAUAAAAAUAAAGAUCCUGCAAAGA